AUGGAUCUGCUUGGCGUUAUAGCCAGCAUCAUCGUAGUUCUCCAGCUCUCGGGCAAGGUCCUUGAGUACCUAAACGAUGUAAAAGAUGCUCUGAAAGAUCGCACGAAGUGUGCACUUGAACUGCUAAACCUUUGCAGCCUGCUUUACAAACUCCGCAAUUAUAUUAAAAUAGGAGCUCGUAGCUAG